AUGUCUUCCAAAAUAGAUAAGACAAUCCAGCGCCAGCAGCAAAAAAUCGCAGAAGGCCAGUACUACGAAGCCCACCAGCAGCUCCGUGUCAUCGCCGCGCGUUACGUCAAGAUUUCCAACUGGGAAGCCGCCACCGACAUCCUCUUCCGGGGUGCACAGUCCCUUCUGCAAGCCGGGCAAGGCGGCUCUGGUGGCGACCUGUGUAUAUUCCUGCUCGAGGUAUUCCACAAGAGCGAGACGAAGCCCGAUGCCGGAAGCAAGGGGAAGCUGCUGAGCUUGCUGAGGGCUUUCCCGAAGAAUGAGCCUACACGGAAGAAAUUUGUGAACGAGAUGGUGGGGUGGAGCGCGAAAUGGGGAGAGUAUCCUGCGGGGGAUCCAGAAAUUCAUCAUGUGGCGGGGACGCUGUACGCUGAGGACCUAGAGCCUUACGACGCAGAACGCCACCUCAUCCUCGGCAUCAAAGACUCCCCCGAAGCCCUCGCCGGCUUAGAAUACUCCUGGUACACCUCCGACGACUCGCACACCGCGCCCCUCUACGCCGCCCGUGGCACCCUCCCCUAUCUCCUCGCCGGAAACCUGCGCGCCGCAAACAAGUACUUCCUCCUCUUCACUUCCUACCUCUCGACACAGCCCUCGCUCGGUACGCAAGAAGUCUCCACGAAGUCCUCAGACAUGCGAGUCUACCCUUCCUUACCGCUGUUGAAUUUCCUCGGAUUGUUGUUGUUGGCGGUGGAACGGGGCGACCCGAGCUUGUUCAGGCAGCUGAAGAGCCACUACGCGAGCCAUUUGAAAGACGUGAGUUGGGGUGAGGCGCUGGAUACUAUCGCGGAGAUGUACUUUGGGAUUAAAAUUCCAAGGCAAGGCAACCCGAUGUUCGAUAUGCUGGGCAGCAUGUUCGGUGGUGGAAUGGGUGGUGGAGCCUCUAAGGCGAAGAAGCCACCUGUUGCGGGCUUGGAUUGA